CUUGGAAAAUAUUUCCUUAAUUUAAAUCUCGGUAUCCCAAGAAUGCUUUGAUGGCAUCACUGUUUCCGACAUGGUCCCAUGCUAGACCGCACAGCUUCGCGUGUUUCGAUAAAAUAAACCGCUACCACAGCAAAGCGUCCGAUCCGCCGAUGUUUUCGUCAUCGCCCAGCCAACCCUGCCGGGCCGGUCAUUACCAGUAGCAGCGUUGAGCAGAAUGCAAACAGUACGCUCCGCUGCUAGCUAUACUUGCUCGCGCGGUCCACCACGUGAGUUGUGAGAGCAGUCUUCGAGAAUCCAACGCCGGAGCAAGUCGUUCGGUUGGUCGUCGGUCGGUUGUUUGGCUGGCGUUGGGUCCUGUUCUUCCUACGGAUUUUUCGGUUCGGUUUGUUGAUUUUUGGUGUUUCGGUCGGAAAAGCUUUGCUGGGAUGAGUUUUCACCACCAGAGAAAGCACGGCGACGACUCUCUUCUUCUCUUCACGGCAUAGGUAUUUUCGGGGAUGAUGUGUGUUGGACGUGGUCGUGUCGUAGAGCAGCAGGAUCUUCGCAGUCCGUUGUCGCCUUCCGUCGGGGCUGAAUGUGCAUUGUACAGUGUAGAUGUUUGGUUUUAGAGCUUUAGAGUCCUGCCAUACUGCUAAUAAUAACACUAAAAAGGGGAAGACCGGAGGAAAAAUCUAUAGAGGUGUCAUCCUAGUGAGAAAAUAGUUACCCAGGAACACAAAAGGCUGCUGUACAUAGGCUGUACUGAAGAAAUCCGUCGUUUUGUGCUACGUUUUUAUACUAAGAAAUCUGGAGAAAAUAGUCCAUAAAAAUACAUUGUUACACAACUUAAUCGCGAAAAAGAAAAUCAGUGCUCGACAAAAAAAAGGCUGCAGCGAAACGCAAUUAUCGAUCUCCUUCUCCAAGUGGCUGACAAUAAGUGUUUUCGGUUCAGUUUUCUAUCCCUGCCAGAGCUUUUUUGGAAGAUUGUUAUUGUAAUUGAUUUUUAAAACAGAAUAUUUCUGAAAAUAGUGGUUUAUUUGUUGGGUCGAUCGAUAACCGUAGUGAACGGGUACACAAAUAGUGAAACAAAAAAAAACUAGUGUUGUUGAAAAUAGUUAUACUUAAAAUUACUGGAAUAAAUCCUAAGAAGAUAUUGUUGUAAAAUUGUUUAACGGACUCUGCAGAAACCCCAAGAAGAGUUAAUGAAAUGAGUGAAAACCGGUUCAUAGAACAGUACAUUUGAAUAGUUUGCCUACACCAUACUACAAAAUCAAUAUUCAGUGCCUGACUCAACUGCAGUGAAAAGUGAAAAAAAAGCAAAGAAAAGGAAUCUAUUUACCAUAUAACCUGUAUAGUCCAGAGAAAUUAUAAUAAAAAGUUCACAACAAAACCACAUCUGGCUCAUCGGAGCAUAAUCCAGAGAAAAGAAAGAAAAUCAAAGCCAUCUAUUCUGGAACCCAAUCACGCAGAGCCCUAGCCACAAAACCAUCGAAUUCAAUUACCACACAACAACUCAGUGUUUUGGAAAGAUUGCACAAACAAACCAUAGAGUCAAGCAAAUUCCGCCGCUUGCAGUCUUGCAGAAAAUUGCAGUCUCUAUCCCUAAGCGCGUCGUCAUCCAUCAUCGACCCGGGAGGCAAACGACAAUGCAUGUAAAUGAGAUGCACUCGUCCGUUAUCGUUGUUGUUUCCGCCGCUUGAGACAUCAUCACCCGAGUGUAUUGGCGCGUGAGGAUAAAUUUAGAGCCGGCCCACGUUGCGGAGGUUGUGUGACACCGAGGAGAGCACGGUGUAAUUGUAAUUGAGCAACAACCUGCCAGCACCUAGUGUGGCCCCAUUCAGUCACUCGAUAAUUACAGAGGAGCAGUCCUUCUCGGAACAAACAGCAUGCAGAUAACAAGACGCAGCCAAACGAGCAUCGCUACAUAUGGGCACUAGUUUGUGCUUCGACAGGGAAAUUUGCAUAUAGAUUGGUGACCGCAUCUCCUUGGCCCGUACCGGUGCGGUGGUGUUUGGCACCCGUAUUGUGUUGCACCGCGGAGAUCAGCUGGGAAGGGAGUGAAAGUGGCACCAUAUCUAAUUUAUCUAAACACCCCGGAUGCCGGCAACCCAAUGGCCCAACUAAGCAGAGCAAUUUUUAUCGAGAAUCACAGAAAUAUUUUCUAUAUUUAGACACCCCGUUCAUCUAAGUCCCAACAUAGACGACCGUGCGCGCGCUAGAGAGUAAACUGCAUCAUCAGCAACGAAUGUGAGUGUGGUGUAUAGUGUUAGAUGCGCUUCAAUGAAUCCAAUUCAGCAUUUGCGCCAAACGACGACGAUUGAAACGUCAGAGGUGAAAGUGGGAGCAGGGUUAGGGUUGCAAGUGGCGGUCGCGUCCUUCAGUGCUACGUGGCACGUGGCUUAUGGGAAAGGAAUCGACCGCAACUAGUGGAGUCAGCAGUCAGUAGUGGGAUGAUGGAGUACAAUCUUCAACGACAACCGUCCAGACUGGAGGAGGCAGCGGAACAGUGGAAAGGAUCGGCACCCCGGCGGAGUCGAAGCGAAUGUGAUGAAGUGAUCUGUGAUAGAAGCAACGUCGUUACCAAUAACGCUUGUUUAGCAAUGGAUAGUACAGAGGGAGGUGCCGAUGCAGAACUGAGACUGGAAGUUAACGUCUGCAGCAGCGGUCGACGGCGAGCAUCGUCGUUGUACAGCAAUCAAGUUCUAACCCGUAGCCGGAGCAAUGUAGCAACGUUGUCAUCGCCAUCGAACGGUGGUGGUAUGGUCGAGAGUUGUUGCAGUUCGGUGCAGCGAUUGGACAGCUGCGGCGAUCCGGACGAAAGUAGCAAUUAUCUUAGCAUUAACAAUAGCCCUAGUAGUAGUUGUUGUGAUAUUCCCGAGGAAACCUCGCCUAUGAUAAGUGCAAGACGAAAAAGUAGAAGCGGCUUCGAAGAUGACUUGGAAGCUAGAGCCAUGCACCGAAGGACGGUGCUACUGCAGCAGGAAGGUCGACGACAUCAGUCGGAUUCGUCCGAUUGCUGUGACAUUGAAAUCGACACGGGUGCUGAGGAAGACGAGGACGAAGAUGAUUCGCUACUGACGUCGACCAAUUCCGCUGCGACGACUGCUACUGUAGCGUCCAACAAAUCGCAACUGAACGUCCCGGAUGCACUGGCUGGACACGAUACAAAUGUUAAUAUUGUUGAUAACCCCGUUAGUGAUAGCAACGAAAAUAGUGUUAAUCAAACGCAUAGUAGCGGUACAAUUGGGGCGCCGGCACACAACAAAAUUACAACGACGCCUUCGAACCUAAGCAAUUGCAGUGGCCUACCGACGGUGACCGUGGUGCAGCUCAAACCAAAGCAGAACCUCCUCUACUUUCUACGAGUGAUUUUCAAUCAUUGCAAGAGUUCCGGUAUCGGUGAGCCUAGCGUGUACCAUGCCUUAGUUGUGAUAUUUUUGGAGUUUUUCGCGUGGGGUCUGCUGACGAUGCCCGUGAUAAAUGUUCUGAAUCAGACCUUCCCCGAUCACACAUUCCUGAUGAACGGUCUGGUGAUGGGCAUCAAAGGAAUCCUCUCGUUUCUAAGCGCCCCACUCAUCGGUGCAUUGUCCGAUGUGUGGGGCCGAAAGUUUUUCCUGCUGAUAACAGUGUUCUUCACCUGCGCCCCCAUACCGCUGAUGUCAAUCAACUCAUGGUGGUUUUUCGCAAUGAUCUCAAUCAGCGGAGUGUUCGCUGUUACUUUCUCGGUGGUUUUCGCUUACGUGGCCGACGUAACGACCGUUGAGGACCGUUCCCGGGCUUAUGGUCUGGUGUCGGCUACAUUUGCUGCUAGCCUCGUUAUUUCACCAGCCCUAGGCGCCUAUCUGAAUGACAAAUAUUCAGAACCUCUAAUAGUAGCUUUAGCGACAGCGAUCGCAGUCUUAGAUGUAUUUUUUAUCCUAGUGGCAGUGCCGGAAAGUUUACCGGAGAAGGUGCGGCCCAGUUCAUGGGGUGCACCAAUCAGUUGGGAGCAGGCCGACCCCUUUGCCGCGCUACGGAAGGUUGGCUUGGACCAAACCAUUCUAAUGCAGUGCGUUACAGUAUUACUAUCCUACCUGCCAGAGGCCGGACAAUAUUCGUGUAUUUUCGUCUAUCUGAAGCUGAAAAUGCACUUCAGCUCGGUGGAUGUGUCCAUCUUCAUUGCCGUCGUCGGUAUUCUGAGCAUACUGACACAGGUUGUUCUAGGUGAUUUAAUGAAGGUACUUGGUGCUAAGCGUACUAUAAUAAUAGGAUUACUAUUCGAAAUGCUGCAACUACUGUGGUACGGUUUUGGCAGUCAAACCUGGAUGAUGUGGGCUGCCGGAAUCCUAGCGUCACUCGCGUCAAUUACUUAUCCAGCCAUCAGCGCAUUUGUUUCGAUACACUCGAAUCCAGAUCAACAAGGUGUUGUUCAGGGCAUGGUGACGGGCAUGCGGGGGCUAUGCAACGGGCUGGGCCCGGCCAUGUUCGGUGUCAUCUUCUACGUGUUCCACGUGGAUUUGAACGACGACCACAAUGGGGUGGCCGCCAGUCUAAACGGUCAUUCGGCGGCCGGGAGUGCCAUCGGGGGCAGCGCCCUAGGCAGCAGUGGUGGUCUAGAUGGGAGCAAAUUCGUGCGGAACGAAACCCUGCACGGGUUGGGCAGCGGCAGCCAUCACAGCAUCAUCGAGGACGAGUACUCGCAGAUGAUGCCGGGUCCGCCGUUCGUGUUCGGUGCCCUGAUGGUGAUCUGUGCGAUUGCCGUGGCGGCAUUUAUUCCGGAAGCGCCCAGCGAUAGCAUCCGGCGGCCAUCGGGUGAGAAAAAAAAAUCGGACUAUAGGAGCCAUGAUAAAUUUUCAGUGCUUAUUGGCGAAUGAAUGAAUCACAAUGGCUAUCAGUAGACGCGGAUUACGAGUACGAACGGGGUCGCAAAGUAGCUGGACCACUGUCGCCCCUGAUGCACCAAGACUCAGCUCAGCUAUAGUUUUUCCUGUAAAAAAAAACAAAAGAGGCAAUGAAUAGCACCAAACAAAUAAGUAACCUGCAACCAGGCCUGCUAGCCAAGAGCUGAAGUCAAAACAAAUAUCACACACACAUUCAUCUGAGAAGCAGCGCCACUGUCGGUCAUUGUGACAACUCCCCCCCAUCAUUGGACCCCUCCCCCUCUGAGAGAAGCGGAAAGUUUAGAACAACCAAUUUUAGUUGUUAUUUUAGUGGAUAGAGAUCGAAAAGUUUUUACGUGUGAAUGAAAUAAAAGGAAAAGUCACACUCGCACCCAAAACUGACAUUCGGUUAUGCGGUUUGAACUGCUAGUUUGUACAUUAUUUUCCAGUGGAAAGCCCCCUUCAUUCCCACUACACACUAGUUUAUCCAGCGUUCCACGUAUAUUAAAACACUGAGGUUAUAAAGAUAUCCAAAAUAGAUUUGUACCCGCGCUUGAAGUUUGAUUCCUAGAGCGGUGUUUGUUUGUGCAAAAGAAAAAAGUUUAUAUAAAAUCGAAUCGAAAAUCUAUAAGCUUUAAAUUUGAACCAGAUUUUUGAGCGAAAGCUGCCAGCAAAAGCACGCAGUGCGAGUUUAGUAGGUUUAUCAAUUGGAAAUCGAUUAUUUAGAGUUCGUGCAGUCGAUUCAUAUAUUCAGUAGCAACGAUGGGAAAAAGAGUGGUCAUGCGGAUUGGGUAUAUCAUGUAAACGACAACAAUGAAGACAAUGCCAUUAGUCUAGUCAGCGAAAUCCUUUUAUAUUCGUGUAUUAUUUUGCAAUCCUCCUUUGUGCAGGAUGGCGUCGAAAUUUUUCUGGGUUUAUAUUUAUAAAGUUGAAACGAAAAUUUAUGAAUUAUUUGGACAAAUUGUUACAGUGGAAAGAGUAUACGUUACUAGAGAAAUGGAAAAUAUAAUGGUGUGGGAAAUAGACGAAUAAAGGAAUGACAUGACUUCUUACUACCUACCUAAAACUACUAAAACGAAAGAGUGAUAAUAGCAUAGUAAGGAUUAUUUUCAGUUGUGUAGGCAAAUGGUUGGAAAUAACAAAAUGAAGCAAGGCUGGAUCGAUUACGACGGAGGGUGAACAGGGAAGUUGCACGAUAUGAUAUAGUAACUAUUGCAUCUAGGGUGAAUCCGGGAGGAAACCGAGUUGGUAGCACGUACAAUCCGUUUUGAAAGGGAUGAGCUUAAGAUGUGAUUCUAUCACGUUGUUGUGCAGUAUGGAUGGAAUGGACAAAAUGGAUUUUUCUCUUCUGAUUGGUUAACUCAAACGGAAGUGACACUACCUCGAGUUAGUUUUCUCUUUGAUAAAGUGACCAAGUUUUUCUAGGUUUUUUGAGGCUUUUAAAACUAAAAACCGUAAUCGAGAAUCGUUAGACGCUGUAUACGAAGACCUCGGAUGCACUAUAGUUGGUCUGAAGACAGUUUAUUAUGAGUGUUUCUGUAUUAAUAAAACGUCUUAAUCAUCUUUCGUAUGAUGGUGACUUUGCAUAGCAUUUAGGUACAACAAAAAGCUGUCGUUAUAAGCAAUGUUUACCCAACAAUUAAAAAAAACGGUUCGUUGUAAGAUAAGCAACAUUUUCAAAAAAUGUCUAUUAUUUGGAUAGAAUUCUAAGCAGCUUGUAGUUGAAUUUGUGUUAUGAAUCCAUAAUCAAAAUAAUUCUUUCGUUUUUAAUUGUUUGGCUAUGUCAACGGAGUUAAUCAAACUACGUUCAGUAACGUGAUCUCCGAAAUAAUCAUGGAAAAUAUAUCAUGAAUUUGCGAAAUUUAAAGUUCAGAGAGUUGUAUAAAAAAAUCACAGAUAAGUUUUCUUGUAGAAUCAUCCGAAGGAACUUCGCAUGAUUUGAAUGAAUCUGCUGGGAUACCUAGGAAAUAUCUAGUCACAGUCAUCUCUUGGUUAAGUGUCUUGGAACGUAUUUAUAUCGACUACUUCCAUCACUUUUCUGGUCAUUAUUAAAGCUUGCAGUACAUCGGAGAUGUAUUACAAGCAUUGACGCGGCCGAACAGCUUAUAUUAGUAUCGUAGUAAGUGACUUAUCUGGGAAGGUGUCAAGAGAUAAGACUCGGGCUUUUCUUUCGUAUCCCCUGGCUUCCGGAUCAAAAGACAACAAAUUUCUAGUAGGGUAUAUGUACCAUUCCUUGGCCUAAUUUGCAAGCCGCAUUGACAAUUUUGACCGUAACUCAUGAAUUAAUAGCACUAGAAAUAAUAUGUUGACCCUAUUACACACUCUAGGUAAUGCAUGUUUCCCCAAUUGGAAGUAAACUAACGUAAAUAUUCAAGAAUUUACUUUAUUAAGUUGAAAAGACUCGAUGCGGUGGUAUGCAACGUUGGUCUAUGGUACAAAAAUUGGCCUAUUAGUGGAUACAACGUUGGCCUAUUGCUUUCCAUGCACUAGAACCACAUUAUCUCAUUUUUUUCAAUAUUUCUGCUGAAGUAUUAUCUCUGUUUGUUCACCAAUCUUACUUGUACAUUACAUUUUUGGAGCCAAAUUUUCAAAAAACUGUAAAUAAAUUACUUAAACUUAAGUUCAUUCUUAAUUUAUUAACGGAAACAACGCAACCCUAUUAUUGUGUUAUAUUUUUACAGUAACCGUACACAAAAUCUUUCUUCCUGUUCGUUCUUUCUGGUUCUUACGCAAGCAAUGUUGUUGACGUCACUUUAUCGGUGUUUUUUACGUCACUUUACUGAUGGGCCAAGAUUUGGGUACAUAGUGAAAAAAAUGUCCUCAAUAUUCGGCCCACAUUCAACUUGUAAAAUAUUUAUUAUUCGUUGAAAACUAAUAUACAAGCUCAAAAUAGCGUCUUUGACCGUCGCAUCAAAUGUUCAGUUAUUGAAAAGUCAGUUCGAAAUGUUCCAGAAUCAUGCCAUUUAUGAUCAUGUAUAUAGACUACCCACUAAGCCGAAGAAUCAUGGCGUCUACAAAAGCUAAACAAAGUGACAUUUUCAUUCAUUUUUAAUGCUCAAAAGUGCUAAAAUUGAAACGAAAUGUUACAGUUGUUUGCCGCAUAGCUUUUCCGAUAUCCAGUUAUGCGUGUUUGUUUGAGUUUUUGGAUAACGUUGAGAUAGGCCGAACGAGGGGGCUAUGCCAACGAAGCAUCCCGAUACCCUAUUUCACAAAAAAAACGAAAAGAGACUAGCAGUGGUGGAAAAAUCUCUUGCUUCAUCUCAUUUUUCUGGUGUAAAAUUGAAUACCAGCGUACACUCGUGCAGACGUAGGACAUCCAGGGAGUCAUUGGGUAGAUUCUAGUAGCUAUGCAAGACUAUUCGCGGGAUUUUUUUCAAAUUUCUUCAUGAUCCUUAAGCUCUUUUGCGAAAAUUGUGCACCCAGUGAUUGCUUGCGACCGUUUCAAGCAGCCAGACUAAAAGAUGUGCAAUUAUUAUUAUUAAUACAGAAACACUCACUCAUUUGGUUCAAAUUAAUUGUAUGUUUCUCAGUUUUGCCUUCACUACCCCAGCAAUUUUGCUCCGUGAAUGAAAAAAAAAACUAAACAUUUUCUGUUUUCACCAAACAAAACAAAUUAUGUUUAAAAUUAAAAUAUCGUCUUACAUUUUUUACUCCGCUAUUCAACCAAUUCAGUUCACAUUUUAAGCGUUGCAAAUCUCUUCUAUCUAUCUAGUUUAUGUAAUUAUAAUAUAUGUUGUUCUUCUACAUCAGAUUUAAAGUUAUUUGCCUAUAAAUUUUUCCAGUUUUCGUUCCCUGUUUUAAAACACCAACUUCUACUUUAUUGAUGAUCAUUCUCCAUGAACUGUUAUACGCUUUGCCAUUCUGUUUUCAGACAGGUAUUUUGUAUUUCUCUGUCCUAUACAAAUUGACUGAACAAUUUCGUAAACUAAAAAAAAUACCAAUUAGCCAAAAUUUCCCUCAAUCACAUUUGAAAUGUGAACUGAAUCGGUAUAAUUACUAGCAUAAAACAAAUGUAGGUCGAUUCAUGCAGCGGAGUGAGGCAGAUGAAAGAGAGUAUUAGUCCAAAGAUUAUUGAAAAAUAGUUAUUUAGCAAAAUAAACAAAAACUAGCUACACUAGGGCAUAAUAAACUGAACAAGCAACAACAAAAUCUCUAAACCACUCCCAGAGAAACUAAAGUUAUCCUCUAUUUGUAUAGAAAAUAUAAAACUAAAAACAAUCAAACAAAAAUAAACUAACAAAAACAGCGGUACGUAGCGAUACAAAUUCAAACACACGCCAACGCAAACAAACAUACACACACAAACACUGGUGGUAAACAAAAAAAAACGCUCGAUAAGUUAAACCGUUUUCAUUCGAAACACACACACUCCGGUAGAUGCGAGACCGAAAGUCAAUAUGAACGCAAAUGUAAAUGCAAUUUUCACCUCGAAACGUUUCGGGGACCUUUCGUAUUUUUUAGGAUGAGCCAGACGUGCGAACCACAAUGGAUGGAUCGUAUGAAGAUGGGGGUGUGUGCAUUGCCCAUUUUUCCGUUUUUCUAACACAAACGCACCCACUCCGAGAAACAAGUUGUUGACAAAUCGUUAAAUCAGUGAGCAGUGAGUUCUAUUUUUGUUUCCGUGUUGAGUAUGAGAGGGUGAAUAACAUGAAUGGGAGUGAAAUCAAUAAAUACAAAAAAAAAAUGAGAGAGAAUGGGAAACGUGAUGAGAGCGGAUAAUGCAAGACGGUGUCGAAGAAAAAUGUAUAAAGUGAAAUAAAACAGAAAAUCCCAGUAUAAUUAAAAAACAUAGGUUUAUCAAUUAGAAGGAGAGUUUUUUUUUAGAACCGAGCAAGGAAAGCUGAAGAUGAGAUGUACAAUAUAAUAGGAAACAGAAUGGAUCGUUGGAAGGACGGGAUGAUAUGCUGUAAAAUAAAUUGACAACAAAAAUCCAAUGCAACUUUGCUGAAAA